AGAGGAUCGCGUUCGUUCAGUACCAUGAUCCCGUAAGCCGGACUCUCGGGAGCGAUCCCAUUCGCACCCAGUUGCAUUAUGUCUGUUUUUAAGACUUGUGAUUUCUGGUCGUCGACGUGCAAAGGCGACGAGAAAUUCGGCGUCGGUUCUUUGGCCGUCGGCAGUUAUGAUGACAAAUUGAUACUUGCAACAUGCAGUUUAUUCGGCGUCCUUCGCUUGUAUACUCCCAGUGAAAGUGAUUUCGCAGAUGGAGGACACGCUCUCGAGUUAAACUUGAAACUGCCAAUUCUAAAGAUUGAAUUCGGUAGGUUCGAGUUGGGAAAGGGAAAUAUUUCAGUGGUGGUUCUACACCCUCGAAAACUGAUGGUUUAUACACUAUGGCAGCGUAUGCCCUUAAGCAAGCAAUACGAACUUCACUUGAAUUUCGAAGCUGUGCUUGAUCAAGGAGCAUUGAACAUGGUGAUUGGACAGUUUGGGGGGUCUCACAAGGAUGUGAUUGGUGUGCAAUACUCAAGUGGGCAGCUGAGUGUCUAUGCAAAAGGGGUUACUGUUAUGAACUGCCUCUUAACAGAUUUCACGGUGUCUAGCCCAAUACUUUAUUUGCACGAAACUGACUCCUUUGUAACAGUGAGCGCUACAACAGAAUUGAAGUGUUACAAAUAUGGAGCACUUGUUACGGAGUCAGAAACGAUUUCGCAGGCAAGGGACAUGCCCGCUGAGUGGAGUGUCUGCUUAGGCGAGCCAGCACUGAAAAUUGUGGGCAUGGAUCACUUGUGUAACUACAAAAAGCUUGACACAAACGGAAAUAUUGUUUUCAACUCAGAGGAGAAUAUGACAAAUAUUCUGGUGCUUACAGAGUGCAGCAUAUUUGGAAUAUCGUUGAGCGGUACAAUAUGUUUUCAGAAAAAAAUAGAUUUUUUGCCUAUGACUUGUGCUGCACUGCCAGUUUUGGGCAGCAGUAGCUCUGAGAAAGGGAGGGCGUUCCUGGUGACAGGGUCUACAGGAAAUGUACAGUUAUAUAGCGGCAUGAAUUUGUUAUGGGCAGCAAGGCACAGCUUCUCUUUUAUCGCGCUCAGCAUUGCACCUAUUGGUGAUACUGGGAAUUGCAUGGUAGGUCUUGGUGACGAUGGAUACCUGAGCAUGAGCUACUUUGGAACAGAGCUCCCUGCGGACGUAGUCGCACCGGGCAAAGAUAUAGGAAAUGAUUUCGAGAAGAAGUGUUCAGAACAACUGAGGCGAAUACGAGAAAUUUCCGUGUCAAAUUGUGAAGCACAAAGAUAUUUACCUGAAGCUCUGCAGAUCAGAGCAAAAGUGCUUACUCAUGUAGAUAAUGGCACAGUACACGUGAACAUGGAGGCAAAGAUGGAGAGUCACACACGUUAUACAGGUCAACGACCCGAGUCUAGAUGCUAUGAGACUUUGACAAUGCAUAUCGUUUUGACAUGUACUGGGGUGGGGACAGGAGAUUUCCUCGAGGAUAUUCAAAUAUCGAUAUCCACUCCAGCAAAUGUUUUCUGCUGUCAGGAAAGUUUAAAUAUUCCCAUUUUGAGUUGUGGGGUUGACAACUCCACAGUCAUACCUAUUUCAUUGUAUGCGCUUCAAGGAGAAAGGCAACUCCCUGAAAACAAUGCAGUCUAUAUAAUUACAAGAUAUAAAGUUCAUGGAGAGUUACGCGCUGUCAGCUGCGAAGUAUAUGUGCCACUUGCAGUUUUCUGCUCGCUUAUCCCUCCUGCAAAAACUACGGGUCACAAGAUAACACUCAAUACCAAUCAUUCGCCACCACUAUUGUCUCUUCUUUUCGGAGACAUGCUGCAGGGUUUCACAGAUUCGGAGCACAUUAAUCCCGUUGAUAAUGUGCUGACUUUCCAAUAUACGAACGGGGCGCGAGUUAAUCUCAUACUAAGCAAAAAUGCUGGGAGAUUUCGCUUGCAGUCUUCUCAACUUGAGGCCAUGUGGCUGAUCCUCCGCGAGUUAAUUCAUCGCCUCCGCAAGCACUUCAAGAAAAAUAAGGUUGCGAAGGAGAACCUUGAAGUUUCGUUUCAAGAGGCACUGCCCCUACAAGACCUUUUUGAAAGUCUUGAUCAACAUUGCGCAGCAGUUUCACAAUACAAUAUAUUGCACCGGCAAUUUGUUUAUCGUUCGAAACAGUUACGCGCCUUGCAAAAGCGUGUACUAUUGCGAUUCAAAGACAAGAAUCCAGUAUCUCUGUCUCAACUUGAAAUCUUGUUAGAUGACACGGUUGCUCAGAUCAGCCAAGCUGUACACUUUUCGAAAACUCUGUCGAACGACUUAAAAAAUACUCAAAGCAGUCUUUCUGCAGCACUGCAGAUGUUGCUCAUGCUCAUGGAAUUUCGUUUCGGGAUCAAAUUCGACGGAGUACGCGUUCUUCGAAGCUACAUAUCCCCAUCUGUGCAGGACAUAUUCGAGCAGUGCUGGGAAGAGUUGGCAGAAGCGUCUGUAGCUGCCCUAAUAAGAAUUUUCCUCACAGGAAACAAGAAAGCAGGAAAUUUAGAUAUAGGUCAAAGUCAACCAUAUGAUGAAGUGCAUGAUACCAGCAAACUGAAAAAAUUAAUUUCAGCUGCGUGUGAACGGCUGGCACGUGGGUACGUUGUGCCCUUGGUCGUUGAGCGUUUAGGUAUUCCAUCUUUGCCAGAGUCCCACUAGACUGACUGUUUUUGCUGUGAAAUGAGUUGCUGCUUUUUAUCAAUGUUAGGAACGUAAUUUAUACCUGCGUAUUGGAUACAUUAUGAAGAGAACAAAAGCAGUGCAAUAUCAGCAUAUCAUUCGCAUAAAAUACCGUGCUUGCGUGGAUUUUUCUGUCCAAAUCCCAUCAUAUUAUCGCUGUGGCUGUCCUUCUGCAACACGUUUUACAAAGAUAGUCUCCUUUUGUAGAUCAUAAAACAAAACCACUUUACGCAGAACUUGCUGAAGCACGGAACAUUUAUCAAAAGUAUCAUUGUUUCAUCUGUUUUCCUGCUUCCUUACCAAAGAGAAAAUGUUUGUAAUUGAGAAUGAGCCGUGAUGCGUUACCUUUCAAAUCCGAGGGAGAAACGCCGUCCUUAAGACAUACUUUGAACUUUCCACUCUUACCAAAAGCACCCGCUAUAGUUCCUAUUUCUCCGCGACUAGUGAAAACUCGCAAGCCUUGAAAAAUCGUCAUGUCGGUCUCUUUUUUAAACAUUCCCUUACCAAUGACAG